AUGGUCAGACAGGUCGCCUUUCGCGCGAGCGAAGAAGAAGACGGAGACGAGAUGCUACCACCACCGGAAAGUCGGCGCCCCGUGAACCCGUACCUUCGAGUACACUGGCGGCCUUCCAUCAACGCUCUGCUUGCCAGCUGGAACGUGCUGCGUCGGCUGCCUGCGAUCUCUCCAGGUCAUGAGGAGCCUACACAAAUAACGUCGUCAGGCUAUCUCCUGUUUCCAGAUGAGCUCCACCACAUGGUCGGAGAGUAUCUCGAUCCUGCCGACAGGAGAUGCCUGGUGCAGACCUGCACAGAACUCAGAAAUGCAGAACUCAGAAAUGCUAGCCGUAUCAGCGAGAAGAGCAUGUUUGGAAGGCCCCUAGACCCAAUCUCCUCUCACAAACUUCGCAGGCGCCUGGAUCGAGAUGACUUCCCCAUGCUUUGCUCGCUCGAGCUGACGGAUCAUCCGGACGAAAACAUGCUCGCUUGCAACUUCUGCCUAUCUCUCCAUCACCGCCGGCGCUUCUCUCGCGACCAAAGAAACGCGCUUCCGUGGGAGGGGGACUGUCUGGCCAGCACACCGAAGCACCUGAUCUGUGGCAAGUACCAUGCCUCUGCUUACGAACUACGGGCUAUCCUCGACGGACUCAUCUCUCCCGAAACCAACCUCGCCGCUCCAAGUGUGCAGAUACAUCACACUCCACAACAAGAGCGCGACGCGGCUUUUCUCACGGAGAGCCCCGGAACCGCAUUUUCCAGCCUCGUAGAACCUGCAGUGCAACCUGAAGACCUAUCUCCCGGGUCCACAGCAUUCGAACUCUCGCCCGAGGGCCUCGUCUUCACACACCGGUUUUCCUCACAUAACUACAUGUUCGAGCGGCGUCGUGCGCAGCACAGGAAGCACCUCUCCACGCCUAUCUGUGCCCAUCACACCUACAGCAGCGCAAAAGAGAAACUGGACCUGGAUUGGACUAGACAGGAGCCCGUGAUCGCUGUGGCAAAUUGUGACAAGGAGGGAUGCCGGACCUGGUGGGAGUGGAAAGACGACCCGAAGGAAAAUUCGGACGAGGACGAAGCGGAAGCAGUGGAUGACGGCGAAGUGUACGAUUGUUUGACGGUUAAGAGGCAUGCGGGGUGGGUGGAACAGGCUUAUUUGCCGUCUCUUGAUGAAGGCACCUGGGGCGGGCUUGCGAAAGAGACGGUGGAGAAGAGGGAGUAG